CGAGCCAGUCGCGAGCGACGCGCGCGCACGCAGCGACAACGACACGAACGACUCUCGCGACCACAACAAUACAUGGCAAUUGUUUGACAUUAUUAUGUGAUAAACCAUAUAAAUUAAGUAAAAUAUAUUUAAAAUAUUUAAUCGUAAUUAAGAAUCUCCUAUAGUUAGUGUUUAAAUUAAAUUAUUCGCGAAGUGGGACCAAAAUGACGAUAAAAAAUAAAAAGACUAAACAGUCCAAAUCGUCCGAAGUGACAUCCAGCACAAGUGCUUCGAGUAGCGUACAGAAGACUACGACUACGGUGCAGCAGAGCAGCAACACUCUUCAGAAGUCCAGCUCAUCCGGCAAGAAGGUGCGCUACAUCGAGGUAAAGGUCGAGGAGGAUGACCCGCUGAUGAUCACUGAUGUGACCGAUCACUCGAUCAGUGGGUCUACUAUAUCCGAGCAUUACAAUAGUCACCCGCACUAUAUUAUUACGGAAGCUCCUUCAAUGACUGACUUAUCGCAAACAAGAUCGCACUCUGAACAUCACGUAAGUGACAUGGCUCAAGCAACCACCGGUGAGUUCGUUUCUAGCUCGGUAUUGCAAGAGUCCUCUACGUCACAUCAACAAAGUUCAAAGAGCGAAACUUUUCAAUCUUCAUCGUCUGUUCAACACUCUGGCUCUAGCCACAGCCAAACAUUCGAUAGAACCGCCGACUCCUCGACCGGCAACCAAACGCUCAACACUGCAUUUAUCGACUCAUCAGGUGCCUCGAACCCUCGGUUCGUUACUAAAUCACAAGGUGCGAAUGCUGCUAAUACUUUUCUUCAAUCAGAACGUCAAGAACUUCUAAAUCAGUCAGCGCAGAAUACAUCGAGUCACUCCUCGGAGACUAUAAACAAGACUAAUGUAUCAAGUGAUCAAAAAUUUAAACAGCAACACGAUAAAAUAAAUUAUCGCAACUCCCCUGAGCCCUCCAAAAGGGUUCAAACUGUAAAAUCAGAUACGUCAAACUUUUACGGUGGAGAAGGUACUCUUGAUAAAAAUUCUAAAACAAAACAAUACAGCAGUACCUCGCAGUCAAAUGAGACUAAAAGCAGCAGCGUAACAAAGUCAUCAUCAAGUUCUUACGUUGUUGAAAUUGUCGAUGGGAAAGAACGUAUCAUCGACAGUUCUAAGAGAGAAUGGGGAGACGCAAGCGAACAAGCUUCUCAAGAGGCAUAUGCUAGCGUAAGUGGCACUGAUAUAAAACCUGAAUCAGUUUAUAGUUCUCAAAACUAUGACAUGAAAUCAAAAUAUGAUACAGGUAAAGCUGGCCAAAAGCCUACGAGUGAGAUGCUAUUGAAAGAACAAUCUAAAUUGAUCAAGGAUGGGAAUCAGAUAACUACCCACGAAAGUGUUAUAUCUGAGAAAGACAACUACAAACAACAUCAGCUCACCUCUACUCAAGAUACUUUGGCCUCUACCCAAAAGCAUCUUGCUAGCACACAAGAUCACCUGAAAUCUAAUGUGACCUCUAGUCAGAUUCAUCAGUCAUCGACUGAUCAGAACAACUACUCAACUGUUACAUCCGAUUCGUAUAAUACUAUCAACAAAACUGAUAAAAAUGUUAUUGAAAAUACUUCAAACAAACAAAACAUAACAGAUAGGAGGCGUAAUGCAAAUAAAACAGAUUCAUCUAAUUUCUAUGGUUAUGAUAAUACUAUCCAAAAUGAAUUAAGGAAAGUAGGAGAUAUUCUUCAGGUCAGUGACACUCAAAAUGUUAAUUUUUCGACAAAAAUAUUAAAAAGUAAUACUAGUAGCGCUCAACAAGCGUCUACUUCUUCGUACGUAUUUGAGGUUGUUGAUGGAAAGCAAAAAGUUGUUGACAGCUCUCACAGAGAAUGGGGCGAUAGCAAAGAGCACGCUACCUAUGAGAAGAGUCACAAUGUAGGUGGUACCGGUAUAAAGCCUGAAAGCGAGUACACUAGACACGUACUAGACAAAGAAUCUCAUUAUGAUACUGGCAAAGACGGUGUUCCUAAAAGCUCUACUCAGAUUGCUGAAGAAUCUGUCUUAUACAAGAAUGGAAAAGAAAUUGCAGCCACCAGUAAUGUUUAUGCUGGGGACUUCACAAAGAAAAAGGCGAUUACUGAACAUCAUCACACUGACACAGAAGAUGUACACAAUCAACGCAUUCAUGACACAACCGACUCAAAAUUUUAUUCAACAACUUAUGAAACAAAUACUUCUUCUGACGUCCAAUCCCAUCUGAAGGAUCACACAGAUGUUACAAAAACUACCGACUUCGUAACAACUGAGAAGAAAAAUCUAGAGAAACAAAAUGUUUCUAAGGAAACUACAUCCACAUCUCAAACUAAAGACACAUUGACAAGUUACGAGAGAAGCACGGGAACUUGGAACGGAAAAUUCGUUUAUGAAAAAGACGAUGAUAGGCCUAAAAAGCCUAAGGAGAUGUCUCCAUUCGGAAGACCUGAACAGCCAAGACAUCACUUGAAGCGUCAAGAUACUCAGGAGAAUAUUAUUUUAUCGUCCAGGGAUAUCAAAGAUUUUACUUCAAUCAGUGAUUUACGUAAAAUCAUUGAAUCCUCACAGUCUAAGAAGGAUGUCACUGUCAGCAACAAAAAUAUUGUUAUCAGUAGGAACAUCGAUGACAGAGUCUUGAAAGAAAUUAUAGAGACAGUAAGAAAAUACCCCUUCAAAAGGAUAGAUAAAGUAACAUUCGGAACUAAAAUCAACGAGGAUGUAAAAGAUCUGUACGAAGGAAUUGAUACUGAAGAUACUACAGUAGUGACCACAACUACGGGAGGCACUACAAAGAAGUCAUUUGAAGUUGAAAAGAACAGAAGCCAAAUUGAAGUGACACGAUACAUCACAGAAAACGGUGUGACAAGAAAGAUAACAACUUAUGAGGACGCUAAAGAGGAUGACAAAAUUAAAACUAACGUCUUCGUCGACAAGAGUAACGUAGACUUCAAAACCUUGCGCGAUGUCCAAACGACUGAAGACGUGAUUCGUGAAUCAUACGACGUGGUAGACCGUGCUAUCACUGACAGGAGAGAGGACACCACCGUCUAUGAUGAGACCAUCAUCGACGACAGGAAGACGGUGCGUGACGACAGGACCACCGUCGAGGAGACCGUCAUCAUCGACGAAACCCGGCCCAAGUAUGGCGGCCCCAAGAAACCAGAGAAGAUUACCAAGGAACAGUGCAUCUGCGAAAUCUGCACUUGUGGGCGUCACCGCUGCCCACACAACGAUGUCCCGGAGCCAUUGUUCGAUGUGGAGCACACGACGAGCGUGGUCUCCGCGUACAAGAACGACUACGACGAGAAGCACGUCACCCGCACCACCGCCGUGCAUCAUGAGGACCACCUCCACCUCGAGGGAGACUUCCAGGAACCGGAGCGUCCUAAGUGGCAACCCGCCGAGCGGCCCCAGCAACGCAGACCCGAAGACAACCUCAAGCCAGAAGGAGACUUCGAGAGGAGACGCCCGGAGGAAUGGCGCCCGGGCGACAGGGCUGUCGUCAAGCGUCCUGAAGACAAUCUGAGACCUGAAGGCGAGUUUGCCAAACGCAAACCGGACGAGUGGCAACCCGGUGAUCGUGCGCCCGUUCGUAAGCCGGACGACAAUCUAAGACCAGAGGGGGAUUUCACUACUCCAGAAAAAGAACCUUGGCGUCCUGCAGAAAGGCAGAAGCCUAAAAAGCCAGAAGAUAAUUUGAGACCUGAAGGAGAUUUCGAGAGGCGCAAACCUGACGAAUGGCGUCCAGGCGAUCGUGCUCCAACACGUCGUCCCGAAGACAAUCUUCGCCCUGAGGGAGAUUUUGAACAGCGCAGGCCAGAAGAAUGGCGUCCAGGUGACAGGGCUCCUGUCAAGCGUCCUGAAGAUAACCUUAGACCUGAGGGCGAUUUCGAGAAAAGAAGACCUGAAGAAUGGCGUCCAGGUGACAGGGCUCCCGUCAAGCGUCCUGAAGACAACCUUAGACCUGAGGGCGAUUUCGAGAAGAGAAGACCAGAAGAAUGGCGCCCUGGUGACAGGGCUCCUGUCAAGCGCCCAGAAGAUAAUCUUAGACCUGAGGGAGAUUUUGAGAAACGCAGGCCUGAGGAAUGGCGUCCAGGAGACCGAGCUCCCGUACAUCGUCCUGAUGAUAACCUAAGACCUGAAGGAGAUUUCACUACACCAGAAAAAGAGCCUUGGCGUCCAGCUGAACGCCAGAAGCCGAAAAAACCUGAAGACAACUUAAGGCCUGAGGGUGAAUUCGAGAGAAGAAAGCCAGAUGAAUGGCGUCCUGGUGACAGAGCGCCCGUUCGCCGGCCAGACGAUAACCUAAGACCAGAAGGUGAAUUCACUACGCCAGAAAAGGACCCAUGGCGCCCGGCUGAACGUCCAAAACAAAAGAAGCCUGAAGAUAACCUUAAGCCUGAAGGCGAUUUCGAGACAAGGAAGCCAGAUAAAUGGCAACCUGGUGAAAGGGAACCAGUUAAACGACCACAAGAUAAUCUAAGGCCUGAGGGAGAAUUCACUACUCCAGAAAAAGAAGAAUGGAAACCCGCUGAAAGGCCCAAACAAAAGAAACCAACUGACAACCUAAAGCCAGAAGGAGAUUUUGCUAAGCGGCAACCAGAUGAAUUCGUCCCUGCAGAGAAGGCGAUAGUCAAGAAGCCUGAAGAUAACCUCCGACCAGAAGGAGAAUUUACAAAGAGGACCGUCAUUGACGAUUACACUGUCAUUAAGGGAGAACGCGCUGAGAUAAUCCGUCGUACUGAUAAUAUCAUCACAGAAGGUGAAUUCACAGAUACAACCACUUCGCGUUCAGAGUACACUAUCAAGCCAGUCGAGAGGCCUUCACCAGUUCGUCGUAACACCUGGACAAAGAUAGAAGGAGAUAUGACAACCGAAACUACCAGUAAAUCUGAAUUCAUCGACUACACUGACAUCGUCGAGAGGACUACAUUGGUCGCGCGGAGAACUGACAAUAUUAUUAGAGAAGGUGAAAUCGAAUUCGUUACUUCUAAUCAAACAGAUUUCACCGAGAAAGUAACACCUGUUGAACGUCCUCAACGACGCCGUACAUGGACAAAGGAAGACUUCGAAAAAUUCUAUUCUACGGAGGAUCUACAGAAAAUUACUACCUCACAGGAAGAGUAUAAAACUUACGAAGAAACUGAUAUAAGACAACAACAAAUAAUAAGGAAAGAUAACUUGCAUAUGGAAGGUAUCUUCGACAGCCAUACCGUAUCUCAAGAUGAUUACGGUCCAAAGAAAAUGGGUGAAAAAUUGAAACAAAAGAGGCCCAUUGAUAACUUGAAACCCGAGGGAGAGUUUGAGCAGCCGAAACACGAUGAAUGGAAACCAGCUGAACGUCAAACUCCAAAGAAACCGGAAGAUAAUCUCAAGCCCGAAGGUCAAUUUGAGACGCCCAAACAAGAAAAGUGGCGUCCGGCAGAGAAGCGUGAACCCACGAAGCCUAAGGACAAUUUGAAGCCCGAGGGUGAAUUUGAACAACCCAAACAUGAUGAGUGGAGGCCAGCCGAACGUCAAACACCGAAGAAACCACAAGACAACCUCCGCCCAGAAGGAGAGUUUGAACAACCGAAACAUGACAAGUGGCGUCCAGCUGAGAAGCGUGAGCCCACGAAGCCUAAGGACAAUUUGAAACCUGAAGGUGAAUUCGAACAGCCUAAGCACGAUGAAUGGCGUCCAGCUGAGAGACAGACACCGAAGAAACCCCAAGACAACCUCCGCCCUGAAGGAGAGUUUGAACAACCGAAACAUGACAAGUGGCGUCCAGCUGAGAAGCGUGAGCCCACGAAGCCUAAGGACAAUUUGAAACCUGAAGGUGAAUUCGAACAGCCUAAGCACGAUGAAUGGCGUCCAGCUGAGAGACAGACACCGAAGAAACCCCAAGACAACCUCCGCCCUGAAGGAGAGUUUGAACAACCGAAACAUGACAAGUGGCGUCCAGCUGAGAAGCGUGAACCCACCAAACCUAAGGACAACUUGAAGCCAGAGGGUGAAUUCGAACAGCCUAAGCACGAUGAAUGGCGUCCAGCUGAGAGACAGACACCUAAGAAGCCACAAGAUAACCUCCGCCCUGAAGGAGAAUUCGAAACACCAAAACACGACAAGUGGCGUCCUGCUGAGAAACGUGAACCCACCAAGCCUAAGGACAACUUGAAGCCCGAGGGAGAUUUCGAGCAACCUGAACACGAAGAAUGGCGCCCUGCAGAAAGGCAAACGCCUAAGAAGCCACAAGAUAACCUUUACCCUGAAGGCGAUUUCGAACAACCUAAACAUGACAAGUGGCGUCCAGCUGAAAGGCGCGAACCCACGAAACCGCAAGACAACUUGAAACCUGAAGGUGAAUUCGAAAAGCCCAAACAUGAUGAGUGGCGCCCUGCGGAAAGACGCGAAGUCACAAAACCUAAGGAUAAUCUUAAACCAGAAGGUGAGUUUGAGAAGCCUAAACAUGACGAAUGGAGACCAGCUGAACGACAGACACCUAAGAAACCACAAGAUAACCUAAGGCCGGAAGGAGAAUUUGAGCAACCCAAACAUGACAAAUGGCGUCCAGCUGAGAAACGUGAACCCACUAAACCUAAAGAUAAUUUGAAGCCAGAGGGUGAAUUUGAGCAGCCUAAGCAUGAUGAAUGGCGUCCAGCUGAGAGGCAGACACCUAAGAAGCCACAAGACAACCUCCGCCCUGAAGGAGAAUUCGAAACACCAAAACACGACAAGUGGCGUCCAGCUGAGAAACGUGAGCCCACCAAACCUAAGGAUAACUUGAAGCCCGAAGGAGAUUUCGAGCAACCUGAACACGAAGAAUGGCGUCCUGCCGAAAGGCCGACACCUAAGAAGCCACAAGAUAACCUUUACCCUGAAGGCGAUUUCGAACAACCUAAACAUGACAAGUGGCGUCCAGCUGAAAGGCGCGAACCCACGAAACCGCAAGACAACUUGAAACCUGAAGGUGAGUUUGAAAAGCCCAAACAUGAUGAAUGGCGCCCGGCUGAGAGACCUGUUCAAAAGAAACCGAAAGAUAAUCUUCACCCUGAAGGUGAGUUUGAAACACCUAAGCACGAUGAGUGGCGUCCAGCUGAAAGACGCGAGGUCACAAAGCCAAAGGAUAAUUUGAAACCAGAAGGUGAGUUCGAGAAGCCUAAACAUGAUGAAUGGCGACCUGCAGAGCGACAGACUCCUAAGAAACCACAAGACAAUCUAAGACCUGAGGGAGAGUUCGAACAACCUAAACAUGAUGAGUGGCGUCCGGCUGAAAGGCAGACACCCAAGAAGCCGCAAGACAACCUCCGCCCUGAAGGAGAAUUCGAAACACCGAAACACGACAAGUGGCGUCCAGCUGAGAGGCGUGAGCCGACUAAGCCUAAGGAUAACUUGAAACCUGAAGGUGAAUUUGAACAGCCCAAGCAUGACGAAUGGCGCCCGGCUGAGAGGCAGACUCCCAAGAAGCCGCAAGACAACCUUCAUCCCGAAGGCGAGUUCGAAACACCGAAACACGACAAGUGGCGUCCAGCUGAGAGGCGUGAGCCGACUAAGCCUAAGGAUAACUUGAAACCUGAAGGUGAAUUUGAACAGCCCAAGCAUGACGAAUGGCGCCCGGCAGAAAGGCAGACACCAAGGAAGCCGAAAGAUAAUCUACAACCUGAAGGCGACUUUGAACAGCCUAAACAUGAUGAGUGGCGUCCGGCUGAGAGACCUGAAGUCAAAAAGCCAAAGGAUAACUUGAGACCAGAAGGCGAAUUUGAGAAACCCAAGCACGACGAAUGGCGACCAGCUGAGCGUCAAACUCCCAAAAAACCACAAGACAAUCUGCGACCUGAAGGAGAGUUUGAAACGCCAAAGCCUGACAAGUGGCGCCCAGCUGAACGUCAGACACCCACCAAACCUAAAGAUAAUCUUCGGCCUGAGGGUGACUUUGAGAAACCAAAAUAUGACGAAUGGAGACCAGCAGAAAGACCUGAAGUCAAAAAGCCCAAAGAUAACUUGAGACCAGAAGGAGAAUUCGAAAAACCUAAGCAAGAUGACUGGCGUCCAGCUGAGCGACAGACCCCCAAGAAACCGCAAGAUAAUCUGAGACCGGAGGGAGACUUUGAGAAGCCUAAGCACGAUGAGUGGCGCCCAGCAGAGAAACCUGUCGUUAAACGACCCAAGGAUAAUCUGAAACCUGAAGGAGAAUUCGAGAAACCUAAACACGAUGAAUGGCGUCCCGCUGAAAGGCCAGAAGUCAAGAAGCCUAAGGACAAUCUGAAGCCUGAAGGUGACUUCGAGAAGCCGAAACCAGAGAAGUGGAGACCUGCUGAAAAACAGACACCGAAAAAACCACAGGAUAAUCUGAAACCAGAAGGACAAUUUGAAAGGCCAGAGAAGCCUAAGCCAAUUAAAGGAGAGAGACCUGUUCAAAAGAAGCCUGAAGAUAACUUGAAACCCGAGGGUGACAUGGAGGUUGUAAGACGAACAGAUUACACAGCAACGAAAGGCGAUCGUGUUGACGUUGUCAGGCAUGAGGAUCACCUAAAGAUGGAAGGAACAAUAGAUAUUCAUCGUUCACGUGAUGAUUAUAAGCGUAUUGAAAGGACUGAAAAGGUAGUUAUUCAGAAGCACGAAGACAAUUUGAAAACGGAAGGAGAGUUUAUUGACCUUCAAAUACGUAAUGAUUAUAGCGCAACUAAAGGCGAAAGAGCGCCUGUAGUUAAACCUCAAGACAACCUGAAACCCGAUGGCAAAUUCUACAAGCCUGAAGUAGUUCCAUCGCAACCAGCUGAAAAGCGUAAGCCAUUCAAGCAAGUUGAUAAUAUUACAAUUGACAGAGAAACUGAUUUACGUCGCAGGCAAAAGAUUGAGCGAGUAGAUAUCAUUAGAAGAGAAGAUAAUUUGAAGAUAGAAGGAGAAUUCAUUGACAUGAAACAAAGAAAUGAUUACACCGUCGUGAAAGGUGAUCGUAGUGAAAUAGUCAAACAUGAAGACAAUUUGAAAAUGGAAGGCACAAUGGAAAACAUCCGUUCUUCAGACACAUAUCGUGUAGUAAAAGGACAACGAGUGAAAUUGACUCGAAGAGAAGAUAAUCUUAAAAUUGAAGGAGUGUUUGAAGAUCAUACUCGCCGGGAUGAUUAUAGAGUGACAAAAGGAGAAAGGUCUGCUAUUAUUUACCACCCAGACAAUUUGAAACCAGAAGGAGAAUUCGAAAAAAGACCUGAGCCAACCGAAGUUGUUUAUGAUGAAAAACGCACCCCAAUAAAACAAACAGAUAACUUAAAGCCAGAGGGAACCUUUGACAGACCCACCCGGCCAAAAUGGAUUAAAGGGGAGAAACCAGAACUUACCAAGCCACAUGACAAUCUCCGCCCCGAAGGUGAAUUUGAGCGAAAGCCCAAAGAGCAGUGGCAACCUGGAGACAGACCAACCCAAAAACGUCCAGAAGAUAACUUGAGGCCUGAUGGUGAAUUUGAAAAAAGACCAAAACAACAAUGGCAGCCAGGUGAAACGCCUGAUCAAGUACGUCCCAAGGAUAACUUGAAACCUGAUGGUGAAUUCGAAAAACGACCUCAGACUAAAUGGCAGCCAGGUGAAACACCUCAACAAGUGCGACCAAAAGAUAAUCUUAAACCUGAAGGCGAAUUUGAAAGGCGACCUCAGACUAAAUGGCAACCAGGCGAAACACCUUCACAGGUGCGUCCAAAAGAUAACCUUAAACCCGAAGGCGAAUUUGAAAGACAACCUCAGACUAAAUGGCAACCAGGCGAAACACCUUCACAGGUGCGUCCAAAAGAUAACCUAAAGCCUGACGGAGAAUUUGAAAAACGUCCUCAGACUAAAUGGCAGCCAGGUGAAACACCCUCACAGGUGCGUCCAAAAGAUAACUUGAAGCCUGACGGUGAAUUCGAAAAGAGACCGCAACAACCUUGGCAACCUGGAGAGACACCAGCUCAAGUACGCCCUAAGGAUAAUCUAAGACCCGAAGGUGACUUUGAUAGGCCUAGUAAAACAAAAUGGAGUCCUGGUGACAGACCUGACCAAGUAAGGCCAAAAGACAAUCUUCAUCCCGAUGGUGCAUUCCAAGACAGGCCUAAAUCGCAGUGGCAACCCGGUGAAACCCCUAGCCAGGUCCGGCCAAAAGAUAACUUAAAACCUGAAGGAGACUUUGACCGUCCGAGUACUCAGAAGUGGAGCCCUGGUGAAAAACCUGGACCCAUAAAACCAAAGGACAACCUUUACACCAAUGGCCACGUAACAAAACACGAUACAACUCAUGUGCAGAGUAGCGAUGUUACUAAGAAGACGACAGACUCUACAUCUGUUACAGGACGCGAUGACUCUAUCAUUAAGUCGCAUUCAGAAAUACGUCGUGAUGACCAAACGCAUGCAACACAUACAGAACGUCACGUAAAACACUCUAGUACUCACAGUACUACGGAGCACGCAACUACCAAGCAUUUGCAAUCUGGUACACACGUAAGGCCGAGGCCUCAAGACGAACCAGAUAGGACGGGGUCACAAACUAGUGUUAACCGAGUGGUAGACAGGUCUAGCACUGACCGUUCUCGUAAUGUUACAGACAAGACUAUCAGCAAAUCUGAUUCAAGGAAUGUGAAGAAUGUAACUUCUACUACUUCUACAACGAAGGUGAUAAAACAAGUGACUGAAAAGAAAUUGAUUGCUGGUAAAUGGGUGAAUGUUACCAGGAAUGUUGAAACGUAUGUUACUUCUAACGGUGACGGUCCAGAUUCAGGAAAACCCAAGAGAAUCGAUGAUCGUCCAAGGCCGGCAGCUGGCAUGCCAUCUACGGUUGAUACACAGAGAGUAGUAACGACUGACCAGCAAUCUGUCAGUUCAACAAGUAGUACUCAAGACCUGAGAACACACCAGCGCCAUAGCCCCGUUGGAGGUCCUGAUGGUGGUAAACCCAAGAGAAUAGAUGAUCGACCAAGGCCAGCAGCAGGUAUGCCGUCUGGUGGACACAGCACUCAAAAAAUAGUGACUAGUGAUCAACAAACAGUCAGCUCAACAAGCAGUACCCAAGAUUUGAGUACGCACCAAAGGCACACUCAUAUUGGAGGUCCUGAUGGAGGAAAACCCAAGAGAAUAGAUGACCGCCCAAGACCUGCAGCGGGAAUGCCUUCUGGUGGAGACACUACUCAUAGAAUAAUAACCUCUGAUCAACAAUCAGUCAGCUCGACGAGUAAGCAAGAUAUGAGCACACAACAACGUCACAGCCAUAUUACUUCUGAAACUCAUACACAACGAAACGUUUCCAAUAUUUCCAGUGAGGCACAUGAUAUUCAACAUAGAACCACUCACCAAUAUCCAUCAGAUCAUGUUAGAAGACAGAUCGGCUCUGAUACUGACAGAGUGGUUUCGAGUGAACAAAGUGAUAGGCACAUUACAUCAGACAGUAACGUACAACGUAAUGUUUCCCGCGGAAGUCACUUGGAACAAAAUCAAACCUCUUAUUCGACUUCGGGUACCAGGAGGGUUCAUGGCUCUUCGCAAGAUAUUACCAACUCUAGAAGCCAAGGAUCAAUUUCUCAGCAACACCUUGCUUCUGACAGCCACAGUCAACGAAAUGUGUCCACACACGUUACGAAAGGUAGUCACACCGAACAAAACAUUUCAAGAUCAUCUCACCUAACGCACAGCGUCAAUAGAAAUCAGCUGAGUGACAGCGUCACAAAUACCAGCAUCGAGUUCCAAAGGGCUAUGCACGGUGGAGGCGAUGUAACCACAGUCGUUGACAAUUCAUCCCGGAGUGGUUUCCAUAAACGUAACUCUGACCUAGUUUCGGAUUCUUCAAAUGCAGUUCUCCACCGCAAAGGUGUAUCCUCAUCUACAGAAGCGCACCAUACUAUCAGUUCAACGGCUGCCGCACAACGGAAGAGCAUUGUUAACCUAAGCGAGCGCGGAGAAUACAUCAACUCUGCUCAAAACACAGACAGAAAAAGCAUCAGUUCAAUGCAUCGGUCAGGGCGUGACAACAUGGGCGUGAUCACUCAACACACUGACAGUUCGGAUUCGAGACGCACCCAAAAUAAAAGAGAUGGUCAAUCGACGUUGGUGAUUGAACGUCAGCCGCGUGUGAAUAUACGCGACAAUCUGCAGGUCGGAGGCGAGUUUUACGGGCAGUCGGAGUCCCGCUACGGGAGUUUCUCGCGCUCGGAACAAGCGCAAAGGGCGGAGCGUUCUGAGCGCGUAGAGCGCGUGGAGCGAGUCUCUCGUCACCACGGCACUACUUCCCAGUUCGUGUUAGGCGAUGGUAGCACCAGCUACAAGCGAGAAUUCCACUCGCACGUGCACGGCACGUGUCCCGCUACGCUCAUCGAGUCCCCGCGGACGCCCUUCAAGCACACCCGGGACACUCGCGAGCACAAGUUCUACGCCGCUAAAGUUACUCAGAAAUAAAACGUCAACAUUUAAAAACUAUCCAUUCCUUAUACUAGAGCUUUGAAGUUAAUAUUUUUGCCAGAUUUACUAUGAAAAGGCGAGCUAACAAACCUAGUCCUAAUAA